CACUCACUGAAGAUAACUAGACAAAAAACUUCAUGAGACUACCUCACGCUGUCCAUUGACCAGGAGCAAUCCUUUGUGCCUCACAGCUUUGGGACUGCAGUAGACAUCAGAGAAAUGUCACUUCGAUGGGCCCUGCAGCCAGAGAGUCUGACCCUGGAUAUGGCCUUCAGCUAAGACACCUGCACAGAUGCUGAGCAGCCUCGGGGAGACUAGCUGAGGUCGGUAGUUAGGAAUGUGGAGUGUGGAUGUUGUGACCCUCAGUAUAAGCAGGAAUAACCUAGCCUAACCCUAUCGCUCAAGACGCGACUAGUAACAGAGCCACUACGCGUGAUUAAGAAUGAAAUAAAUGCAUUUGCCACAGCCAGAUCACCAGGCAGAUGAGAUUAUGUGGCCAAAUCGAUGCCACUGAAACUGCUGAAUCUUACUCUGUUGUGGUAAACAACAUCCUGUGCUCACAACAGAGCCAGUGGGGAGACUGCGUCCUUAACUCCCCGUUCCCUACAGCCUUGAAGAAUGAAAACUGGAUCUCCCUGCAGUUUCACUUUCAAUUCUUGUCAAAGCUUGGUUUCUGUUUCCAGUUUCUCCAAGGAGGGAGGGGCAGAGCGCUUUUCUCCUCUCCCGGCAACUCUCUGUCCCCCUGUCUCCUCCAGAGAACGCUUUGGGAAGCUCCUCCCAUCAGACCUGAGCAGAAGCACAGAGGAUUUAUCUAGAGGACAGGCUGACCCAGCUGAAAUGGAUCCAUUCCCCAACCUGUAUGGGACCCCUGGGGACAGUCUAGACCACUUCCUGGAACACAGCCUUCAGCCCCAGAGGGACUGGAAAGAGGAAGGGCAGGAUGCCUGGGAGAGAAUCGAGAGGUUCUUUCGGGAACAGUGCUUCCGUGAUGAGCUGCUCCUGGACCAAGAAGUCAGGGUGAUUAAGGUGGUGAAGGGAGGCUCCUCGGGAAAGGGGACAACGCUGAACCACAGAUCUGACCAAGACAUGAUUCUGUUCUUAAGCUGCUUUUCCAGUUUCGAAGAGCAGGCGAGAAACCGCAAGGUUGUCAUCAGCUUCAUUAAGAGGAGGCUGAUUCAUUGUAGCAGAAGCCUGGCCUACAAUAUCAUUGUCCUUACCCACAGAGAGGGGAAAAGGACCCCUCGCUCGCUCACCCUAAAGGUUCAGUCCCGGAAGACUGAUGACAUUAUUUGGAUGGAUAUCCUCCCGGCUUACGAUGCUUUGGGACCUUUGUCCAGAGACUCAAAACCAGCACCGGCAAUCUACGAGACUCUGAUAAGAAGUAAGGGCUACCCUGGUGACUUCUCACCAAGCUUCACAGAGUUACAGAGACAUUUUGUGAAAACUCGCCCCGUUAAACUGAAGAACCUCCUCCGGUUGGUGAAGUUCUGGUACCUGCAGUGCCUGAGACGUAAAUAUGGAAGAGGUGCAGCGUUGCCCUCAAAAUAUGCUCUGGAGCUGCUGACCAUCUACGCCUGGGAGAUGGGUACAGAGAGCAGUGAUAGCUUCAAUCUGGAUGAAGGGUUCGUAGCCGUGAUGGAGCUCCUCAUAAACUACCGAGACAUCUGCAUCUACUGGACCAAGUACUACGAUUUCCAAAACGAGGUCGUCAGGAACUUUCUGAAGAAACAGCUGAAGGGAGACCGGCCCAUCAUCCUAGACCCAGCUGACCCCACCAACAACCUGGGAAGAAGAAAUGGAUGGGAACAGGUGGCUGCAGAAGCUGCUUUCUGCCUUCUGCAGGUCUGUUGCACGACUGUAGGCCCCAGCGAGCGCUGGAAUGUACAGCGAGCGAGGGAUGUUCAGGUGAGAGUGAAACAAACGGGAACAGUGGAUUGGACACUCUGGACAAACCCCUACAGCCCCAUCAGAAAGAUGAAGGCAGAGAUCAGGAGGGAAAAGAACUUUGGAGGGGAACUGCGCAUCUCCUUCCAGGAGCCCGGAGGGGAGAGACAGCUGCUCAGCAGCCGGAAGACCCUGGCGGAUUAUGGGAUAUUCUCUAAGGUGACCAUCUGGGUGCUGGAGACCUUUCCUCCUGAGAUCCUGGUCUUUGUGAAGUAUCCUGGUGGCCAGAGCAAGCCUUUCGCCAUCAACCCUGAUGAUACCAUCUUAGAUCUGAAAGAGAAGAUAGAAGAUGCUGGAGGCCCUUGGGCGGAGGAUCAGGUACUACUGUUGGACGAUGAGGAGUUGGAAGAUGAUGAGAGCCUUGAAGAGCUUGAGAUUAAAGACUGUGACACCAUUGAGCUCAGUAGGGUAAUCUACUAGUCUGGCUGCUUGAGUCCAUGCCUAGCGUAUUACGCCUCCCCACCUCAUCCCUAGACUCUGAUGGGUUCUUUCUAUAGCUUAACUAUCAACAUCCCCUUCUCUUGCUUAAAACCCUCUCCUGUAGCCGGGCAGUGGUGGUGCAUGCCUUUAUCUCAGCACUUGGAGGAUUUCUGAGUUCAAGGCCAGCCUGGUCUAUAGAGUGAGUUCCAGGACAGCCAGAGCUAUACGGAGAAACCCUGUCUCAGAUAAACAAACAAACAAACCAACCCUCUCCUGUGUUUUCCAAUAAUACAGAAUGAAGUUCAAGUUCCUUAUCCCAACAGUCAAUUAAGCUGAACCCUGCUUAGUCCCCGAACCCCACUCUAAACACUCAACUCAUACAGAAUGCAGAGUGACACCUUGAGUCACACGGAGGGAGAGCUGAGUCACACCUGUGUCACUUUUCCUCAAACAUCCUUUCCCUCAGCCUCUGUUUUCAUCAUUCUGUGAGUCACCGAAUCUAAGAGCAGACCCCAGACUGACAGAUUCCCCACCUCUCCAGAAACCUCUUAGAACGGAAAACUAACCCGAGCCAGACAUUCCACUGAGACUCAGCAGUCCCGGACUUGACAAACCUUUCACGUCAUUCUGCAUGCUCCUGUUUGAAAACAACUACUAGCUGGCCCAUGCAGCAGGCCAAAUCAUCUUGUGUUCCCGCCCUCUCCCUUCAUCCAUGUUAGACUCCCGUGGACGUAAAUCUAUCUCCCUCGUCUAAUCAGACUCGAUUGUUUUUAAUGCUUUAGGCCUUGUGCUCUAGAAUGGUACCAAUCCAGUAUCAAUGUAUGACAAGUGCUUGUUAAAUAAAGAAGCGAACCAGA